GUCACGUCGCACUUCCCUUCUCCUCACAACCUCACAACCUCACAAUGGCAGCCUCAAUACCGCGUACCAGAUGUCUUCUGGCCUCUUCUUCAUUGUCUUCACUACCCAAGUCUGUGUCGACUUCAUCUCAAUUCACCCGAACAUUUGCUACAACCAUGGACCCAACACCAACCCAAACACGGCAAUCCUCAAAGUCCUCACGCCCUCCCACGACCUUCCGCGAUAAACUAAACACCGGGCCCUCAUUUAACGACUUCGUCUCCCCAGAUGCCCCUCUUCCCCCUUCCGAAGCAUACCAAGUCCGCACUGCCCAGGUCGGCCCCGAAGGCCGCAAGAAGACCAUAACCCGGCUCCCAGAAUGGCUAAAGACGCCUAUUCCCGUGAACCAGAACUACAAGAAGAUCAAAAACGAUUUACGAGGCCUGAACCUCCACACCGUCUGUGAAGAAGCCCGCUGUCCCAACAUCUCAGACUGCUGGGGUGGGAGUUCCAAGAACGCAGCCACGGCCACGAUCAUGCUUAUGGGCGAUACAUGCACACGAGGAUGUCGAUUCUGCUCCGUCAAGACGUCGAAAGCCCCCCCCCCACUGGAUCCCCACGAACCAGAGAAUACCGCCGAGGCACUGAAGAGAUGGGGGUUAGGGUAUGUCGUUCUGACGUCCGUGGACCGGGAUGAUCUUGCAGAUGGGGGCGCGCGGCAUUUUGCGGAGACAAUUAUGAAGAUUAAACAGAAAGCGCCGACAAUGCUAGUGGAGGCCCUGACGGGAGAUUAUGCCGGGGAUUUGGAGAUGGUGAGGUUGGUGGCAUUGAGUGGGUUGGAUGUGUAUGCGCAUAAUAUCGAGACCGUAGAGGAGCUCACGCCAUUUGUGAGAGAUCGAAGAGCGAAGUUUAGGCAGAGUUUGGAGGUUCUAAGAGCGGCGAAGGAGUCUAGGCCAGAACUUAUCACCAAGACUAGCAUGAUGUUAGGUCUUGGGGAGACUGAAGAGCAGAUUUGGGAUGCGCUGAGAGAACUACGAAAAAACAACGUUGAUGUAGUAACAUUCGGUCAAUACAUGCGACCCACCAAACGUCACAUGGCCGUCCACUCCUACGUCACACCCGAUGCCUUCGAACUCUGGCGUCAGCGUGCCCUCGACAUGGGCUUCUUGUACUGCGCAUCCGGGCCCCUCGUACGAUCAAGCUACAAAGCCGGUGAAGCGUUCAUUGAAAACGUGUUGAAGAAGAGAGCAGCGAAAAGGAACGAGAUCGCAGCGGCGGGAAGUGCGGGGGAGGUUAAGACGGUUUAAGAUAAAGGACUGGUCAGAUAGUUCAUCUGUAUACUAUUAUAUUUGCUUACUGCAUUUGAGGGAUAGGAUUUAGCGUUAUAAAUACUGUUCGUCAACGCUAUUAGCAUUUUCGAGAGAGACGGG